UUUGUAAAUGGGAUUGCCUUUUUGAUUUCUUUUUUGGCCAUUAUAGAUGCAUAGAAAUGCAAACUAAUUUUGGAUGUGGAUUUUGUAUUCUGCAACUUUAUUAAUUUAUGAGAUCUCAACGGUUUUUUGGUGUAGUACCCAUACAUGAACUAUUGUCAGUCUAUGAUGAGAUAAACACAAUAUUGAGAAUAAGUGUUUAGGAACUUUCACGAAACUUUCAAGGAGUAAUAUCUGUUAAAUCUAAUAAACAAUUUGGCCUUGUAUUUUGCAUACCUUUUUCUUUAAUUUUCCUAGUGCAGUUAUCCCUUAGUAUCUGCAAGGACCCCCAAGGAUAGUAAAAUCUAAAGAUGCUCAAGUCCCUUAUAUAAAAUGGCAUCAGUAUCUACAUAUAACCUAUGCAUAUCCUCCUGUAUACUUUAAAUCAACUCUAGAUUACUUAUAAUAUCUAAUACAAUGUAAAUGUUAUGUAAGUAGUUUACACUGUAUUGUCUUCUAUUUGUCUUAUUUUGUUUUUUACAAUUUUUACAAAUUUUUCAAUCUGUGGUUGGUUGAAUCUGAGGACAUGGAACCAACUGUGAUUAAUUUUUCUUAUAUUUUAAAAAAGUAUUGGUUGGUGAUGGUUUGAAAAUUAAAAACAAAACACUGUUCCUUCUUGCAGACAGUUUGAGAGAAAACAGCCCAGAUUAUAAAUUGAAAAAUUAAUAACUUUUGGUGAGGUCCCAAGUUAACCAUGUUUUUUCAUGUUCUUAGAGUUCAUUAGUUAAUUAGAGUUCACUAAUUAAUUUUCAGCUGAUAUUCUUUGCUUGUGUUUUCACUCUGAGAAGUUACCAUUUUACCAGUCAGGUUAGAAGUCAAGCAGUAAGUUCAGUGGAAAAACAAGUAAUAAUAGAUCUACUUAGUGAGACCGUACUGUGCAACCGACUCUGCACAGAGAAAAACAACCUAUUAUGUAGAUAUUUUUAUUCCCAUUUUAGAGAUGUGAAACAACUUAACCACAGCACAGAGCAAGUGUAGAGACAGAACCGGGAUUCCGAUGCAGGUCUGUCUGGUUCCAAAGUCUCUACACUUUUACUACACUGUUCUUUAUUAAUCACUAGAUAGAACCAUACACAUAUUGUUACAUCAGGCAGAAGGUUUCGAGGGUUCUAUUAAAAAAGUGCUACGAAUGAACCGGGUGGAAGAAAGUACAUGGGUCUCCCAUUCAAGUGUUCAUCAGUCUUCACUAUACUUAAGUCAAAGUAGCUGACAGUGAGUCAGCAUUUUGGAAGGCAGGUAGAGAUGGUGAAGAAAUAAGGAAAUUCUUCUAUGAGUCAUUAUAGAUAUUUAAGCUUGUUAAAAAAUGUUUUUGACUACCUACUCCCUUUGCCUACAGAGUCCAGUUAAGGUCUCUUAAAAAUUAUGGAAAUAAAAACAAUCGGUCGCUGUCUGUCCUUGCCAAACUCAAAAAAGGCUAAGCCUUUUGUGCUUAAACACAUACUCAUCAGUAACUACUCUACCUUACACUGAACAUAACUAAGCUAGGUUGUUCUUCUUGGGAAUGUACUUGCAAUUUAAUACUGCACUGCAACUAUAAGGUUUUUUAAAAGACAUCAGUUGCACAUUAUAAAUUAAAUCUAGUUUAAAUCAAUAUAAUUCUAUUUAUCCUAGCAAGGAAGUUUUUUCUUUUAAGGAUCGUCUGAUUUUUUUUUUUUCAGGAAUAAUCUUUGCAUAAUUUUACACCCCAUACAUGAGAUGAUUGGGAUUCAAUCUCAAUCAGAAAAAUCUCUUUAUGGUGUCCUUCUUAUGGCCUUCCUGUAUCCUCUCUAACAGAAAAAUCCUAGCAGAAGCAUUUCCCCUUUACCCAGUUCCUGUUCUCUUAUCACAGUUCUAUUCCUCCACACUCCCUUCCUGCUAGGCACGGGAAUUUGGAAGGGCAGGGAAAAAUCGGUAAAAGUUUGUCUUCUACUUGGGUAAUCCAAUACCACCGCAUCCAGUAGUAUAUAAUUAUUUUUGCAUAUAUAUCAAUUUGCAUGUAUAUCAGAUCCUCCCCAAUCCCUCUCCCAUACCUCUUUCUCACUUUUCUCUCAUUAUCCGGUCCUCUUGUUUUCCUUGACCCCCACAUUCCUGUCUCAAUCAUCCUCCUGGCCUCAGCUCCUUAUCUCCUUCCUGAGACCCUCAUGUUUAGUGUUCCCUCAUUCCUCUUACACCUAGGAUUUCUCCUCCUUCCAUAAGGGUCUGGUCCUUCAUCCCUCCCGCUUCACCAGACCCCCUCACCCUGGGAGCCGCCACCUCCCUUUCCCCAAGACCAGAGGUCGCGCGGCCGGACACAGCCAGCACCGAGCGUCGGUGCCGGCGUCUGAGCGGCGCAGUGGGGUCUUCCCGCUGCCCAGCAGCCCACAGGCGCGGUGCACUCUGGGGGAACAUGGCCGCUUCCGGUCUCCCUCCCGGGCCGGCGCUGGCCUGACUGCGGCCCCUGCCCGAAGCACUCCGCCCUCCGCUUCUCCCGCCCUGUAGCCGCGAAGACUGCUUCAGCCUUUCUCUCUGCUGCCCCUGCCGCGCGAUGGAGAAGAGCUCGAGCUGCGAGAGUCUUGGCUCCCAGCCGGCGGCGGCUCGGCCGCCCAGCGUGGACUCCUUGUCCAGUGCCUCCACUUCUCAUUCAGAGAAUUCAGUGCAUACAAAAUCAGCCUCUGUUGUAUCAUCAGAUUCCAUUUCAACUUCUGCCGACAACUUUUCUCCUGAUUUGAGGGUCCUGAGGGAGUCUAACAAGUUAGCAGAAAUGGAAGAACCACCCUUGCUUCCAGGAGAAAAUAUUAAAGACAUGGCUGUAAAAUUUUCCCCAGAAGUAUUAAUCAGAUCAGGAGUUUGUGGAAUAACAUAUGUUUUGGACAUUGCAUUUUUAGAAGAAUGUAGACAAACUGGACUGUGGGCAGAGGAAGAUCAGCAAAUUGCCAAAGAUGUAACUUAUAUAUGUCCAUUCACUGGUGCUGUACGAGGAACUCUGACUGUCACGAAUUAUAGGUUAUAUUUCAAAAGCAUGGAACGGGAUCCCCCAUUUGUUUUAGAUGCUUCCCUUGGUGUAAUAAAUAGAGUGGAAAAAAUUGGUGGUGCUUCUAGUCGAGGUGAAAAUUCUUAUGGACUAGAAACUGUAUGUAAGGAUAUUAGGAAUUUACGAUUUGCUCAUAAACCUGAGGGGCGGACAAGAAGAUCCAUAUUUGAGAAUCUAAUGAAAUAUGCAUUUCCUGUCUCUAAUAACCUGCCUCUUUUUGCUUUUGAAUACAAAGAAGUAUUCCCUGAAAAUGGGUGGAAGCUAUAUGACCCUCUUUUAGAGUAUAGAAGGCAGGGAAUUCCAAAUGAAAGCUGGAGAAUAACAAAGAUAAAUGAACGAUAUGAACUUUGUGAUACAUACCCUGCCCUCCUGGUUGUGCCAGCAAAUAUUCCUGAUGAAGAAUUAAAGAGAGUGGCAUCCUUCAGAUCAAGAGGCCGUAUCCCAGUUUUAUCAUGGAUUCAUCCUGAAAGUCAAGCCACAAUCACUCGGUGUAGCCAGCCCAUGGUUGGAGUGAGUGGAAAGCGAAGCAAAGAAGAUGAAAAAUACCUUCAAGCUAUCAUGGAUUCCAAUGCCCAAUCUCACAAAAUCUUUAUAUUUGAUGCCCGGCCAAGUGUUAAUGCUGUUGCCAACAAGGCAAAGGGUGGAGGUUAUGAAAGUGAAGAUGCCUAUCAAAAUGCUGAACUAGUUUUUCUGGAUAUCCACAAUAUUCAUGUUAUGAGAGAAUCAUUACGAAAACUUAAGGAGAUUGUGUACCCCAACAUUGAGGAAACUCACUGGUUGUCUAACUUGGAAUCUACUCAUUGGCUAGAACAUAUUAAGCUUAUUCUUGCAGGGGCUCUUAGGAUUGCUGACAAGGUGGAGUCAGGGAAGACGUCUGUGAUAGUGCAUUGCAGUGAUGGUUGGGAUCGCACAGCUCAGCUCACCUCCCUUGCCAUGCUCAUGUUGGAUGGAUACUAUCGAACCACCCGAGGAUUUGAAGUCCUUGUGGAGAAAGAAUGGCUAAGUUUUGGACAUCGAUUUCAACUAAGAGUUGGCCAUGGAGAUAAGAACCAUGCAGAUGCAGACAGAUCGCCUGUUUUUCUUCAAUUUAUUGACUGUGUCUGGCAGAUGACAAGACAGUUUCCUACCGCAUUUGAAUUCAAUGAGUAUUUUCUCAUCACCAUUUUGGACCACUUAUACAGCUGCUUAUUCGGAACAUUCCUCUGUAAUAGUGAACAACAGAGAGGAAAAGAGAAUCUUCCUAAAAGGACUGUGUCACUGUGGUCUUACAUAAAUAGCCAGCUGGAAGACUUCACUAAUCCUCUCUAUGGGAGCUAUUCUAAUCAUGUCCUUUAUCCAGUAGCCAGCAUGCGCCACCUAGAGCUCUGGGUGGGAUAUUACAUAAGGUGGAAUCCACGGAUGAAACCACAGGAACCUAUUCACAACAGAUACAAAGAACUUCUUGCUAAACGAGCAGAGCUUCAGAAAAAAGUAGAGGAACUACAGAGAGAGAUUUCUAACCGCUCAACCUCAUCCUCAGAGAGAGCCAGCUCUCCUGCACAGUGUGUCACUCCUGUCCAAACUGUUGUAUAAAGGAUUGUAAGAUCAGGGGCAUCAUUGCUAUACACUCUUGAUUACACUGGCAGCUCUAUGAGUAGAAAGUCUUCGGAAUUUAGAACCCAUCUAUGAGAGAAAGUUCAGUCACUUUAUUUAUUUUAAAUCUCUCUAGGAUGAGUUUAGAACUGUAGCAGUGCAGGUGGCUUAAGUGAAAUAACUCCAUAUGUAAUUACAUGAUUAUGAUACUAAUCUUUUAAGUAUCCAAAGAAUAUUAAAAUACUUCAAUCCUGGAUCCACAGUGGGAACAAGUUUCUAUUAAAAGGCAAAUGCUGUUACAAAUUUUUGGCAUCUGGUAAUAUUAAAACCAUUUUAGAAAUACACUCUGUGCUCACUGUGCAGAGGAACAUCAGUUUUCAAACCAACACUGAAAUUCUGUGGCAUCACAUAUAUUGGGCCUUGAUGUCAUGACAGAUCAAAAUCAUUUGAUAUCCCUUUCUCCAUUCUAGGUUUUUCUUUUUUGCAGUAAUUGAUUUACCUUGAUCACUUUUCAACUUCCAUAUUCUUCAUAUAGUAAAAGGCAAAGUGUUGAAGAUACUACAGUGCUACAGUGUGGUAGUAGUUGAAAAUUAUUGCCGUCAUUAUUUACAUACUUAAGACAUAUUAGCAGGUUGAUCCAAAAUGGGAGGCCUUACAGAUGUGCUUGGGGGAAAAUGAAGGGGAGAAAGUAGCCAUACAGGAGUUCAAAGAAUUCCAUGCCCUUCAGAUUAGCCCAAUUACCAGAAACAUCAUGGAAGAUAUUUAAAAAACUAAUUAUUUACUACAGUGUAUUUUACUUGUCUUGUGUGUCUGAACACACAGAAGCUAAUUGGCAAGUUUUUAAGAAGUAUUUAAAAAUCUUAACUAGGAUUGACAUUUUUUUCUGAAGUCUGUAUAAAUAGCUUAUGGUGAGAAGUACUGUGCUCAAAUUUUACAUUUUUUUCCUUUGCAAAUUCUGUAAUUCCACUCAACGAUUAAGUCUACCAAAGAACACACUGCAUGUAAAAGAUGUAUUACAAUCUCAAAACCAGUAAAAGAAAUCUUGCUUCACUGUUCACCUGCUACAAGUAAGAGUUUGGUGCUGGUAGAAACAUUUGACUCUGAUGUCUAUUUUAUUCUACAUAAGAGCCAUAUGUAAUGUACUGUAACAAAGGAGCUUCUUGUCCCCUUGGUCUUUUAAUUAAAAGAAAUUCCAACUGACUUUUAAA